AACUUUUUUAGGAUUUUCAAUGCUAAAAGCAACAAAAUUUUUGAUGCCAGAAAAAAAUUAAUAUUUCAAGUAUAAUUUAAGUUCUUCAAGACCAGCAUAAACAGUGAAGUGACAAGUGAAAUUCAACUGAAAGUCUUAUAUAGUUAAGAAGAUCCAAAAAGAAGAACAAAAAGUCUUAUUAACUCAACAUAAAUCAAAAUGUCGCAAACCCAACAACAACACAACAAAGUUAUGCACGGUUGGCCAAAGAACCACCAGAACAUAAAACCAGAUCCACAAACAUCCCAAAUGAAAGGUCCAGUUAGUCAGUCACUUACACUUAACAGGACAAUUAACCUAUUUCCCUUGACAAACUACACCUUUGGAACAAAAGAGCCACUAUUUGAAAAAGAUCCUUCAGUUCCAGCAAGAUUUCAGAGAAUGCGAGAUGAAUUUGAAAAAAUUGGGAUGAGACGUUCAGUUGAAGCAGUUCUGUUAGUGCAUGAGCACGGUUUGCCGCACGUUUUGUUACUACAACUUGGGACAACAUUUUUCAAACUACCUGGUGGUGAACUCAAUGCUGGUGAAGACGAAGUGGAAGGACUAAAACGACUCCUCACUGAAACUUUAGGACAAACAUCCCAGGGAGUAAAAUCGCAGGAUUGGAUUGUUGAAGAUCUCGUCGGCAACUGGUACCGGCCAAAUUUCGAACCGCCAACUUAUCCUUAUUGUCCACCGCACAUCACGAAGCCGAAAGAACAUAAACGUUUAUUUUUGGUACAGCUUAACGAAAAGGCACUUUUUGCUGUUCCGAAAAACUACAAGUUGGUAGCAGCACCGCUAUUUGAGCUUUAUGAUAAUGCUCAAGGAUAUGGACCGAUAAUUUCAUCUUUGCCGCAAGCUCUUUGCAGAUUUAACUUCAUCUACAUGUAAGGAAACAUAAUUACAUAUGAUGUGGGAUUAGAUUGAUCUUGAAAGAAAGGAAAACUCAUCAACACCCAACAUGUCACCUAAUCCCAUCAAAUUACAAAUUUUUAGAGAAUGUGACUGUUUAAUGAACUGCAAAUUGCAUUUUCUUUUUCUCAUAAACUUUUCUUCAUUUUCCUUCAGUUUUUAUCUUCUCACAUGAUAAAAUAAUCUAAUAAGUAUGAAUAAGUAAUUGAAUGAAGUUCAGUUUGUAUCAAUAAAGCGAAAUAGUUUUAUUUCAAUCCUUUAAAUAAGAUUUCCAAAAAACAUUGUUUAAUUCUAUUAAAAUUAUUUAAAAAUGAUUAUCUGAUCACAAUAAGAACAAGAAAUUUGUUCAGAGCUUCCAGUUACCUUAUCAAUUGUUGAUUUCUCAAUGACAACGCAAUCACAAGCCAGACAAAUGUUGUUCAUUUCGAAAGGAAUUUGAAGUUUCGUUAUGGCGCAUCGAUUAAGAAUGUGAUUGGACGUGCAUGUUAAUUGAUUUUCUAAAAUUGGUUGCGAGCAAUAUAAACAGCUUUCAACUAAUUUACUUAAUUUCAACGAGUUGCACUUUUGCUGCAAGUUUUCAAGAUCAUUUCGGAACGUUUCCUGAGCUGCUUUGAAAGGUUCUUUUUUAAUUUCUUCCUUCAAAUAAAUGUCAAUGAAAUUAAUCAAACAUUGCAUUGAAAGUUUAGUUUCCUCUGAACUUAUUUUUUUCUUCGAUAAAAGCGAAUUUAAUAAAUGAAAUGCUCUCAAAACAUCGAUAAUCUUUUUAAUUGAUCGUUCUGUGUCAAUGAUGAUGGAAUAAAUGAUCGAAGAGCGUGUUUGAUAAUACCAAAGCUUCGAUCUUACAACAAUAAGUUGAAGUUUAAGAUAAUAAAGAAAUUCGUCAUUAAGAGCAAUUUCAUAAUCUCGAUUUUCUAACAUCGACAGGUAAUCAAGCUUCAAACCUCCAACAAAUCGAACAGCUUCAAUGCAGUCAUAAAAUCUUGAAAGAUUGCGACUUUUGUUAAUAAUUAACAUCUCUUGUGGACUUCUAUUUGAUAAAGUGUUGACGGAUAGAACUAGCGGUUGUUUCAACACAAGAUGAUCGUAAGCCUUUCGAGGAUAUAAAGCUGUGAAGAAUAAAACUUUGUUGUUUGAUGCUGCAAGUCCAUAAAUACCAAAACUUGAGGAAUGAACUUCAGAGUUUGACGUCUGUUUAACUUCCAGAUACUUUUCAAUGAUUAUUUUAUCAUUUUCAACAUUGAUUUUCAUGUAAAAAGCUUUAUUGUCCAAUGUUGUGAUCAAAAACUCAAAGUUUCCAAUCUCACAAAUGCCAGUAACACUCAGUCCAAUAUAUUUAGUGAUUGAAGUUACUUCAAAAUCAUCAAGAAAGAACAUUUCAAUUGAAUGAGCUUUGAUACACAACAAAAUAAACUUCUCAUGACUGUAAACAUGUUGAACAUUAGAAAUUGAGAUUCGAAGCUUUCCUGGUAUGUUUCGAUGAACUUCGCAUUUCAAUAUUUUGUCGUUUUCAAUUUCAACUGUGGAUAUGAUGAGACCACCUUUUGAACAUGAAGUUAUCAGAUAAUGCUGCGUCUUUACAAUGAUCCAUUUGAUGUAAGUAAUUCGAGCAUUCAUUUUCACGUCAAACAAGAAAUUAACUUUUCCGUUUUGAAUGUUAAAUAAGUUAAUGUUAGAGUUUUUAUCUAGAGCUGCUAAAAAUCGUGUUCCAUUCAUAAUCUCUGGGCACCAAUCGAAAUAAGUGAAUGUAAAAUCACGAACAACUUCAUUGAGACCAUUCAAACUUUUAAUUUCAUUAUUUAAUGUCAACGAAUCCAUUCUUAAUUUGCAUAACUCUUCACUUGAUGCUAAAAUAUAUUUCUUUGAAUCUUCGUCGUACUUUAAAUUCAGUAACUCCAAAGAUCCGUGUGAGUUGAGACUUGCAAUCACUGGUUCUUUGUUGUUCUCGUCAAAACGAUUGUAAGGAGAUAAAAGACAUUUAAAGACUUGUGCGUGGUAUUGAAUACAAUGAGGAAAGAGGUCAGAACUUAACAUUAUGUCACUUUUGUCUUGAUGACUCGAUUUUUGGAAUAUUUUCUUAAAAUCAACAUUGAAACUCUCAACAACAUUGUAAUUCGAUACUUUAAAUGAUGAUGAUGAAAAUUGCAUCUUUGAUUGCGUUCUCAAUGAAUUACAAUCAAACUUCAUCAGAUGGAUUUCAUGUUUUGAGUUAAAUAUUAUAAAUUCAUCCACUGUUUGAAGACAAAAUGUUGAAUUUAUUUCAUUUGAGUUUGUGAUUGUAAAAACGGAAUUCAUGUUCAAAUAUUUUGACGUCGUCUGAUUUUUAAAGUUUUCGCUAACCUUUGGAACUUCGUCUUUCGUCUUUUGCAUUUC